AUGAUGACCAUGGUGUUUGCCGUGGAGGAAAUCAACAGCAGGUCUGAUCUGUUGCCAGGUGUUAAAUUAGGCUAUCGCAUCACGGACUGCUGCGACAGCAUUCACACUGGCUUGAAUGCACUUUUCUCUUUAAUCAGUGUCUCUGAAGUUGUAACAACCCAGUUAGACUCUCCCACAUGUUUGUCUGAUUCUCCCAUUCCUGCGAUUAUUGGUCUCGCAUCUUCUUCCCCGUCGAGAGCUGCAGCUCAAACUCUUGGCUCGUUUAACACCCCGCUGGUGAGUUAUUUUUCCACCUGUACCUGUCUCAAUGACGAGCAAACAUACCCAUCAUUCCUGAGAACUGUGCCGAGUGACUUUUUUCAAGUUGAAGGUCUCGUGCAGCUGGUUACGUUCUUUGGCUGGUUCUGGGUGGGCGCAAUCGGAACCACGGAUGACUACAGUCGCUAUGGAAUCCAAGAAUUCUCUAAUCAGUUUAGAUUACAAGGUGGCUGUGUGGAAUAUCAUCUCACUAUCCCACCGUCACCAGCAGCGUCCGACAUCCAGAAAAUGGCAGAUAUAGUGCAGAGUUCAACUGCACAGGUUGUUGUGGUGUUUUCUAAUGAAGGACAACUAUUGGAGCUGUUUUCCUUUGGAACACUGGGCUUCUCCUUCCCUGGGAUCAAGAUACCCGGGUUAGAAGAAUUCCUGCUGAAUGUCCGGCCAUCUCCCAAACCAGGGAUGGAACUCAUAAACAUGUUCUGGGAAGAGCAGUUUGGGUGUAAGAUCCAGUUUGACAGAGGAGUUCUGAAAGAUGUUGGGACCGAUACCUUGGAUGACAGCAGGCCUGUGUGUACAGGGUCAGAAGAUCUGAGUCUCACCUCCAGCAGUUACACAGAUUUAUCUCAGGUCAGCAUAUUCUACAAUGUGUAUAAAGCUGUGUUUGCCAUCGCCCAUGCUCUGCAUGCCUUACUGGACUGUAAAACCGAAGGACCGAACAAGGGGACAUGUGACACACAGUCGCCGUUCACCUCCAAACGUCUGUUGUAUGAAUUGAAGAAAGUAAAUUUCACCAAUCAGUUUGAGGAGAGAGUCUAUUUUAAUUCAAAUGGAGAGCCGGCCCCUCUCUACGACAUCAUCAACUGGCAGAAGAACAGCGAGGGGGGAAUCAGUUUUGCCAAAGUUGGGAGUUAUGAUGGAUCAGCUUCACUGGGAAAGCAACUGGAGAUAAAUCAGAGCCACAUUCUGUGGACAAAAGGAAAGUCACAGGUCCCUACAUCCCAGUGUAGUGCUCCGUGUCCUCCUGGCAGCAGACAGGCCACACGUCCAGGAGAGCCUCUCUGCUGCUUUGAUUGCUUACCUUGUGCAGAUGGAGAGAUCAGCAACCAGACUGGUUCGACUGAGUGCAUCAAAUGUCCAGAGUUCUUCUGGUCAGACCCAGAUAAAGUCAAGUGUGUUGCAGGGGUUGAAGAAUUCUUGUCUUUCACUGAGACCAUGGGCAUCAUCUUAGUUACCCUCACUCUGCUGGGUGUUAUCCUGACAAUCAUCAUCACUGCCAUCUUUCACCAUUUUCGGACCACACCCAUCGUCAAGGCCAACAACUCUGAGAUAAGUUUCCUGCUGCUCCUGUCCCUCAAGCUCUGUUUCCUGUGUUCCCUGGUGUUCGUUGGCCAACCGUCUGCGUGGACAUGUAUGUUUCGCCAGGCAGCGUUUGGGAUCAGUUUUGUCAUCUGUCUGUCGUGUCUUCUAGUCAAGACGAUCGUGGUACUUUUGGCUUUCCGGGCUAAUGUACCUGGCCCCAAGAGUCUGAGGAUGUUUGGUCCAUCUCAGCAGAGAACCUUGAUCUUCUGUACAACAGCUCCUCAGAUUUGCCUCUGUACGGGCUGGCUAUGGGGUGCUCCGCCUUUCCCCUUCAGGAAUCCAACAUAUCAAGCCCUAAAAGGAAGAAUUGUCUUGGAGUGUAAGGAGCCAUGGCCUCCUGGUUUUUACCUCGUCCUCGGCUACAUCGGCCUACUUGCCUUCGUCUGCCUCCUGCUGGCGUUCCUCGGUCGGAAGCUGCCAGAUACUUUCAACGAAGCCAAAUUCAUCACCUUCAGCAUGCUGAUUUUUAUUGCCGUGUGGAUCUCUUUCAUUCCAGCUUAUGUUAGCUCUCCUGGGAAGUUCUCAGUAGCUGUGGAAAUAUUUGCAAUAUUAGCCUCCAGUUUUGGUCUCUUGUUGUGUAUUUUUGUGCCCAAAUGUUACAUUAUUUUAUUACAUCCUGAGAGGAACAUUAAAAAAGGCAUGACUGGAAAAUAUAAUAGAUCCACCUACCAUCUAUACAUGUAAAUACUUAAGAAACAAAAUGUGUUUGUUAAUGUAUUGUGAAAAACAAAUAAAGACAAAAGUUUUAAGUGAUUGUAAUUUCUGCGCAUGUGAGUUUGACUAAAACACAAAUCUCCCUUAUUAACAAAUAUUAAGUGUAACUUAAGUCACUAUUGCUGUUUAGCACAGUUUAGGUUUUCAUUUACAUUUUGAAUGUUUUUCGUCUUUAAAAAUUUAGGAUUUUGUUACAAAAUUUUAAAAUAUCUUGGUAACACUUUACAAAAAGGGUGCCUUUAUUAAUGUCAUU